CGCUCACUGCUGCUGCUGCUACUCUGGCCUUUUCCUCUUCUCCUCUCGUUUAGUCUUUUGUCAUAAAGUAGCCCUAAAGUCCUCUACAUGCACAACCUUCCCUAGCCUUGCUGUUUCCGCGAGUAUGCUACAAUGUCAUCCGCUGUUUCUGUGUCGCAGCCAGCCCAAGCCGCAUCCGAGAAUAGUGCCAAAAAGUAUAGAGUAAACAAGUUAGCGCUCAAGGGACUCACUGAUGCUGCCCAGGUAGAGCAGUUCUGGGCCCAGCAGACACAGAAAUACGCCAAGGAGCUGACGCUUGCCCAUGCAAUGAUCCACGACGGCAUGUCUGGCACCGACCCCGUCGACAUGGUCACCCGUGCCUGGCACCGGGGCGCAUACCCGAUUGUCGAGCUCUUUCGUGAGUCACUGGGCCAGCUCCGGUACAUCCCCGACGCACGUGGCCCGCCAAACGCACAGGCAGACAUGACAUGUGCUUGUUUCGAGAUGCAGCUGCGCAAGUGUUUGAGAAUGUUCAGCGGCAUGCGGGUGGCUCUAGCUGGGGAUGCACUGGCAAAGUGCUGCAAGUACAUGGGCGACCUCCACCGAUACCAGGUCGACUACCAGAUGGGCGAUAUCGAUAAGGCGUGGGCGCGCGCAUUGGACUGCUACCGGGCAGCGUGCCGGGUUAAUCCGCACGAUGGCAAGCCGUACCAUAUCAUUGCCGUACUGUACCGUAGCAAGUCGCUGUUGCUGAGUUUUUAUUACAGCUGCCGCGCCCUCAAUGCCAAUCGCCCGUUUAUGCCCUCGCGCGAAGCGGCGCUCAUGUGCUUUGGUGCUUCCGAGAAAGUGCUGCGCAAUCGCGUCAGUAGCCUGGGCUACCAAAACAUGGACUUCCCCGACGGCCGGGUUCCCAACUGGGUGCAUUUUGCUAUCAGCAGCAAGGACGAGGCUGAUCUGGAUGUCUGCUGGCAGCAUACCUGCCUAUACAUGCACUCGAUGAUAUACACCAAACCCGACAUCGACAGGUUUAACAAGUGGCUCACAUACGCGUAUCUGCCGCUGCUCAAAGCGCGCAUUGCCAGCCCAUCGUCGGUCAAGCUCGGCACUCGCAUAGCCAUCCUGGACCUAUCCGCUGUUCACCAGUACAGAAAGUGCGGUACCAAGCCAUUCGCGCCCAUCGCUGACGAAUGCCAGUGCGCGAUGCACAUGCUGAUCCAGACCCUUCAUCUCUGUAUCCGCCUGUUUAUUGACGGAUUCCACGACACCUCUGCGGCCAAGGCAAGCCAGACUCGGUUUGCAAUGACGUACAUUUCGGCGUUCCUUCUCUAUAUGGACCGGCCAGCACAUGGGACGAUCGAGUCGAUGGUGUGCUGUGCACUGGAUUUCCGACUAGCACAGGCCAGCACUCUGGUCGCUGAUUUUGUUGCUGCAAUGAACAUGCUACUGGAUGCAUCGGCUGCAGAGAGCGGUAUCACGGUUGAAUCCAUGGGCAACGUGCUCGUGCAGGGGCUGCCCGAGGACCUGGCCCUGCAGGGGAUCCGCUGGAUCAAGCCAUUCCACGCCAUCUCUUCCAAUGUCAAAGAGGAUGUGACACAUGCGUGUCUGCGUCAGCUGCGUUUGCUGGCGCUUGCCAAGCGACUCGUUGAUGCCAAGGUGUUGUAUGUCAACUACAAGGAGCAGCAGGGUGGAUUUGAGAUUGCCGAGGCGCUCCUACGCCAGGCAAACGCCCAAGAGGCGGCCAGCAAUGCGGCGGCCAGCAGCGGCCUGCCAGGCGCUAAGAAGCACGUGCCUGCCACUGGGCCAUUUAGUGGUGCCACCAGUGACUGCCGAUUCGUGUUCGAUACAAACUGCUUUAUCGAGGGCCUGGAGGAGAUCGAGCAGAUGCUGUGCCUUGGAUGGCAGGUCAUUGUGCCUGCAGCUGUGGUGGCCGAGCUCCGUGGGCUCUUGAGCAAGGGCAAGGACGAGGUGUGUGGGCCAGCCGGCAAAGCACUGGAGUUUGUCUGCCGGGUGCAGCGGAGGGAUGGCGAAUCUGGACUGCUGCAGAUCUGCACACGUAGAGGCCAGCAGUUCAACUUGAACGCUCCGCCCGAGGCCAGGAUCCAGGGAAAAAGCAUGGAUGACACGAUUAUCGAGACAUGCGGGAACUUCAAACCAGACGUAGCGCUGGUGACCAACGACUGCAACAUGCGGAUCAAGGCGGCGAUGCUGUAUGGCCGCGACAUGCACAUUGGGGAUUUGAAAGAUAUUCAAAGGUUUAUUCGGGCACUCUAGCAGCAUCUUGAAACUGUAUUUAACAUUCCG